AUGGCGACGCUGCGCACGGUGCCGAGCGGCGCCACGCAGGGCGCGCAGGUGCCGCGCGUGUGCGUGUGGGGGCGCUGGCGCGGGCGCGGCGCGGGCGAGGGCGCGCCCGCCGCGCACGCCUGGCCCAGCUUCCACAACGGCGCCGCCGCCGGCCUUGCGCUCGUGCCGCUCUCCGGACUCACCAUCGACUCCGAGUGGGUGCUCUAUAACAAGCCUCGGGGUACCACAGAAAUGUCAACAGAACACGCUGGGUUCUUAAUGGGCCUGGGACUGAAUGGACACCUUCGGGACAUGCCAUUUAUGAACAUAUACGAAUACCUGGUAAAAUGCAACGAAAUGAUUAGUGUGGGAUUGCUUUUGGGACUUGCGGCUACAUAUAGAGGUACUAUGGACGUACAAGCUACCAAGAUGAUGAGUAUCCACCUAGAACCCCUGCUGCCUCCCACCUCUAUCGAGCUGGAUAUUCAACAGAACAUCCUGGUAGCGGCGUUGCUGGGCGUAGGACUCAUAUACCAGGGCACUGCGCAUACACAUUAUUCGCAGCUUCUGUUGCUUGAGAUAGGCAAGCCGCCGGGCCCGGAGAUGGAGAACUGCGUGGAGCGCGAGGGCUACGCGCUGGCGGCGGGGCUGGCGCUGGGCCUGGUGUGCGCAGGCGCGGCGCGCGCGCGCUCGGCCCAGGCCGCGCCGCUCGCGCACAAGCUGCGCACCUACAUGCUGGGCGGCGACAAGCACCCGCUCACCGGUUCUCAGAAGGAGAAGUACAAGCAGGGCUCGUUCGCGAUCCGCGAGGGCGCGACGGUGAACCUGGACGUGACGUCGCCGGGCGCCACGCUGGCGCUGGGCCUCAUCUACAUGCGCUCCGGCAGCGCCGCCCUCGCCGCCUGGCUCCAGCCCCCGCGCACCGCCUACCACCUCGACUUCGUGCGGCCCGACCUGCUUAUGCUGAGGAUCAUCGCUAGAGGACUGGUCCUGUGGGACAGCAUAGAACCCACGGAGGAGUGGGUGGAAAGUCAAGUACCUGAAACAAUAAAGCCGUACUGUUUUGUCAAACCUACAGAGGAUAAUAUCGAUUAUGAAGCUAUGAACCAAGCGUACUGCAACAUAAUAGCGGGCGCGUGCUUCGCGCUGGGGCUGCGCUUCGCGGGCUCGGGCUGCGAGGAGGCGCGGGACGUGGCGCUGCGGUACGCGCGCGUGCUGCUGGCCGUGGGCGCCAAGAGCGUGGCCGAGCUGGCCGGACGCUCCACGCUCGAGGCCUGCAUGUGCGUCUGUCUGCUCGCCGCCGGCAUGGUGAUGGCGGGUCGCGGUGACCUGGACGUGCUGCGCGUGUGCCGGCGCCUGCGCGCGCGCACGCCUGCGCACGCGCCGCACCCGCACGCGCCGGCGCUCACGCACGGCGGACAGAUGGCAGUUCACUGCACAAUAGGUCUGUUGUUCUUGGGAGGUGGUCGGGCCACCCUGAGCACCACCCCCACGGCUGUAGCGGCUCUGUUAGCUGCUUUCUUCCCCAAGUUUCCGACACAUAGUGAAGAUAACAGAUACCAUUUGCAAGCGUUCAGACACCUGUAUGUGUUGGCUGUGGAGGCAAGGUUGAUAUUGCCGAGAGACCUGAGCACCGAGAAGUUAUGUUAUGCUCACAUACAGGUGAUAGAUCUCCAAGGCGUUGUCAAGGAAAUGAAAGCACCCUGUAUUAUACCCGAACUGAACACGCUGAAAGAGGUGAAAAUCAACGACCCUCGGUAUUGGCCCAUCACCUUUCAGAAAGACCGCAACUGGGACCAGUUAAAACUUUUCCUGGAAUACUCCUGGUGUAUAGAUAUAAAACAACGUGCAGGUUGUCUCUCGUACCUCGACGACCCACAAGGCUUCCUCACAAUACUGGCGCAAACAUUGACCCUAGACAAAGCCAACAUUUGGUCUACGUCCGCCGACAACAUCGAACUGUUCACCAACGACGACAAGAUACGAAACUUUGUCAAACAAUAUUUGGUCAAAGACGUUAACACAAACAUUUGCGCCGAUUGUUUAGUGGAGUCGAAGAAGAAGAAAGGGUUCAAAGAAGUUGUGUUGAACAGACAGUGCUUGUGUAGGAAGUAUACGAAGGAAGAACGAGAACAUUUGCAAACGUUGGGUAUGGUCACGUACGAGUGUGUGGUCAAGGAUAUCCUGUGUGCGUUACCUGUUUGGACCACGUUUUUAAAGAUAAUAAAGACAAUGAAACCAGACCCAUCGUCCUACAACAUAUGGCAAAUCAAACUUCUCCUAUCCCAAAUAGACAACCACAACAAAAGAGUGAUGAACGAAAUGAAAAUCGACGGCCAAGAGACACAGAACGAGCCUUUAAUAUCCAGCGAGUUUACUCUAGCAAUUAAACAGAAGGUGUCGAACAUAUUUGAUUCGUGGGAGUCGAGGCUCACACCCUACCUGAGGAAGUACCUCGGCUUGCCGAGCAGCAGGAAGAUCAGCACUUGUGAUGACGAUGUCAAGAAGAUCUUGGCCGGAUUCUUGGUGUACCAUGAUCUGCCGAAAGGUGGAUUGAAAAAUGCUGUCGGAGACGACGAGUUGUCAGUCCUGCUGAAUCUAGACUCGUUAUCAGUGGAGGCUCAGAGUGCGGUGUGGCAGUUGUACAGAUGA